UCAGUUUUAUGGCUGGGUAUAUGUGUUCUUGCGAUGGAAUGUCUUUGUUUCCUGGAGUCGUAAGACAGCAAAGCUGAGGAGAUAGUGUUAGGGGGGGUAGUUUUAUUGCAGGGAGAGUGACCUGGUUCCUGUUUUAGCAGGGCAAUGGAUUUUCUUUCGUUCACUACCCGUGAAGUAGGUGGCGGCAUGCACCUUUAACAUUUGUUUGUGGACCGCCAUAAUACCAGAGAAGAAGAGGACAUCGCUUAGAAAAUGGGGGCUUGCAUGGCCUUGUGCUCCCUUGCUAGCUGUGCCUCCUGUCUGUGUGGUUCCGCUCCAUGUCUGCUAUGUGGCUGCUGUCCCUCCUCCAGAAACUCCACCGUCACCCGGCUGGUGUUCUCCUUCUUUCUACUCCUAGGGACCCUGGUGUCUGUCAUCAUGAUACUACCUGGCAUGGAGGCACAGCUCCAAAAAAUCCCAGGCUUCUGUCAGGGUGCGAGCACCAUACCAGGCAUGGAGAACCAGUUUAACUGUGAUGUCAUUGUGGGAUACAAGUCGGUGUACCGCAUGUGCUUCGCCAUGACCUGCUUCUUCUUCCUCUUCUCAGCCAUCAUGGUCCGUGUCCAGAGCAGCAAAGACCCGCGUGCAGCCAUUCAGAAUGGUUUCUGGUUCUUUAAGUUUCUGAUCCUGGUCGGCAUCACUGUGGGAGCCUUCUUCAUCCCGGAUGGAACCUUCCAUACUGUAUGGUUUUACUUUGGCGUGGUUGGCUCCUUCAUCUUCAUCGUCAUCCAGCUUAUCCUUCUCAUCGACUUUGCCCACUCUUGGAACAAGAUAUGGGUGGGGAACGCCGAAGAGGGCAACUCAAAGUGCUGGUUUGCAGGCUUAUUGUCGUUCACCUUCCUCCACUACGCACUGGCCUUCACCUCAGUGGUGCUGUUCUACAUAUACUACACCCAGCCUAACGACUGCACCGAGCACAAGGUCUUCAUCAGCCUCAACCUCAUCUUCAGCGUCAUCAUCUCCAUCGUCUCCAUCCUGCCCAAAGUACAGGAAGCCCAGCCCCAGUCUGGUUUGCUCCAGGCCUCUCUUAUCUCCCUCUACACCAUGUAUGUCACCUGGUCCGCCAUGACCAACAACCCAAACCGUAAGUGUAACCCCAGCCUGCUGAGUCUGGUGUCAAAUGUCAGCUCCAGUGAGCCCACACCCACCAGUGCCCCAGGACAGGUGCAGUGGUGGGACGCCCAGAGCAUUGUGGGUUUGGUCAUCUUCCUCUUCUGCACUCUCUAUGCCAGUAUCCGUUCGUCCAGCAACACCCAGGUGAACAAGCUGAUGCAGACCGAGGAGGGCGGGAGUUAUGGAGGAGAGGGCGAGGUAGGGGAGGACGGUGUGCGAAGGGUCGUGGAUAAUGAGGAGGAGGGGGUCACCUACAGCUACUCCUUCUUCCACUUCCACCUAUGCCUGGCCUCCCUCUACAUCAUGAUGACACUCACCAACUGGUACCAGCCUGACACCACCACCCAGGCCAUGCAGAGCAGUAUGCCAGCUGUGUGGGUGAAGAUCAGCUCCAGUUGGCUGGGCCUGGGCCUCUACCUCUGGACCCUGCUCGCCCCUCUCAUGUUUCCCGACCGAGACUUCAGCUGAACAGCCCCACAUGGUGUCACCAUAGGCUUGUAAGAUGUUGUGUGGAAGUUUAUUAUAUAUAUUUUUUAAAUACGAGUCAGCAUUUUUGCAUUGGUCUCUGUUGGUGUGUUUAAUCUUGUUUUGAUUUAUUUUAUUUGACAUGUUAGGUCUUUUAUCUACCAUGGCUGCGUGGGGUAUGGUUAUCACUACAUUAGGUAUUAUUGGACGCUUUUAAUAUCCAUACUGAGAAUGUUUUAUUGAUUUAGCCAUUCAAUUAUUUUAUUUGCCUAUAUGCAAAACUGCACUUAACUCUAUCUACCUUAACACAAUCUCCUGAGAUGAGCAUCGGUUUGUCCCAGAAUGCACAUUAGUGAACUAUAGCAAAGACUUGAUAACAGGCGCUUAUUACCUCACUUUUACAAUAAUAUAUUAGUUGGGAUUCCCAUGUUCUUAAAGUAGGCCUGGUUCCAGUUGAUUGUAUUUGUUUUUAUUAUGGAUCCCCAUUAGCUGCUGCCAAAGCAGCAGCUACUCUUCUUGAGGUCCAGCGAAAUUAAGGCAGUUAUACAUUUUUUUUUUUAACAUUACAUUACAUUCACAACACAAGUGUGUGCCCGAGGUUGGGGAUUCCCCCUCAUUGGCUGAGCUCCCGCAGUUCUGGAGCUUUAAGAGAGACGAGGGAGAUAAACCAGGGGGGGUUCUCCGAGUCUGAGCCCUCUUACUGAAAUAAUGUAAUAUGUACACAUCCUGAUUUAAUGUUCACUGGACUGUGAAGUAUCAACCUACCCCCCUGCUCUUAACUACAUAUUUCUGAACCCUGGAGGUCAGUUGUAAUACCUCCUACCUACCCCACCCUAAGGCUUAGCUGUCUACCCCAACUAUGCCUGAUUCACGUAGGGCCGACCUGAAACGUACUGUGCUGGUUCAGAUAUUUUCUUUUCACAUGAUCCUUUCCAGCAUGGUUCUAUGGUGGAUGCAUAUUCAGGGCAGUACAGCUCAGACUUGGUUUGGCUCAGGAGUGUGAUAAAGGUACUACAUGUUAACUCGAAAUGACACAACGAAAAGGUUGCAGUUUAACAAAGUUUACUAUACCGUAUGAACACACUACAAGGUACCCAUUCACUCAAGGCUAAGUCCAUCAACCACCAGACUUCCUGCGCAUGCGCACUAUUGACUGAGUGAUAGCCCUGUAAUAACAGAAAUAUAGGGAUACUUAAAACAUGAAUUUAACACUACAGUGCUCUCAACCCCAACCGUAGCCCAUUUAACUCUGGUGCUACACCAUGCCCUGUCCCUAAAGACAUCUGUGUUUCUGCUCUAUCUCUAGCCCUGUUUCUGGGUGUUCUAUAGCCAUAGUCAUGGGUCAGUGCUAGUACAUGCUUGUAUCUGCAGUGAGGUGAUGUAUUCUGAGCCGAUAGUGUCAAGCUCUUGGGAGCAGUUUCUCGGACACAGAUUAUUUUAUUUCACCUUUAUUUAACCAGGUAGGCUAGUUGAGAACAAGUUCUCAUUUGCAUCUGCGACCUGGCCGAGAUAAAGCAUAGCAAUUCGACACACACAACAACAGAGUUACACAUGGAAUAAACAAAACAUACAGUCAAUGCAGUAGAAAACAAAGUCUAAAUACAGUGAGUGCAAAUGAGGUAAGAUAAGGGAGUUAAGGCAAUAAAUAGGCCAUGGUGGUGAAGUAAUUACAAUAUAGCAAUUAAACAUUGGAAUGGUAGAUUUGCAGAAGAUGAAUGUGUAAGUAGAGAUACUGGGGUGCAAAGUAGCAAGCUAAAUGAAUAAAUACAGUAUGGGGAUGAGGUAGAUGGAUGGGCAGUUUACAGACGGGCUAUGUACAGGUGUAGUGAUCUGUGAGCUCCUCAGACAGCUGGUGUUUUAAAGCGUAGUCCUGGACUAAAAGAUAUUUCAAUUGAGAUUUUCCAUUGACCAUGGUUUUUAGCCUCCCGGGCUAGGCUUAAUCUGUGGCUGGAAAACUCCCUUGAAGUCUACAGGGGUUUAGGUGAGGAAGUGGGAUUCUGAACCUCACUUCUGCUCUGAGAAAUGCCAUAUGUUGCCACGAUGUUACUGAGUCAGUUAAUUAAUCAGUCAUUAGUGUACAGAUCUAUAUCAAUACAUUUCAAGAACGAUAUGUUGGUGUUCGAUGAUUUAAAUUGUUAUAAUUCAAUGGAUAUUGCUUUCAAAUUUGAUAAUUAUGAGUUGUUGCACAUUUCAUAAUUUCAUGUCAGAUUAUUUACCUCUUACUGGAUAUGAAGUUUCCCAAUGUGACUGAAAUAAGAUCAAUAUGUUUCACUCAUGGUGAAAAGAUUGGUGUACUUAAGAGAUGUGAAAUUGGUGGUCUAUUGAAGAAUCUUGACUGAACUAUAUUAAUUAUAAAAAUACAAUAUUUAACCUUUAUUUAACUAGGCAAGUCAGUUAAGAACACAUUCUUAUUUUCAAUGACUGCCUAGGAACAGUGGGUUAACUGCCUUGUUCAGGGGCAGAAUGAAAGAUUUUUACCUUGUCAACUCGGGGAUUCGAUCUAGCAAUCUUUGUUACUGGCCCAACGCUCUAACCACUAGGUUACCUGCCGACCCAGUACAAACAUUUGAGUAUUUUGAAUUAUUGUUUAAAAGUGAAAUUGAAGACCAUAAUUAAAUUCUGAUAAACAUUAAAGUGUACAGAACACGUUCCCACAGUUGCCCACCUUUUUGCCCUCAGAACAGCCUCAAUUCGUCAGGGCAUGGAAUCUACAAGGUGUUGAAAGCAUUCCACAGGGAUACUGACCCAUGUUGACUUCAAUGCUUACAACAUUCCAGUUGGCUGGAUGUCCUUUGGGUGGUGGAUCAUUCUUGAUACACACGGGGAAACUGUUGAGCGUGAAAAACCCAGCAGUGUUGCAGUUCUUGACACUCACCGGUGCGCCUGGCACCUACUACCAUACCCCAUUCAAAGGCACUUCAAUCUUUUGUCUUGCCCAUUCACCCUCUGAAUGGCACGCACACAAUCCAUGACUUAAUUGUCUCAAGGCCUAAAAAUCAUUAUUUAACCUGUCUCCUCCCCUUUAUCUACAUGGAUCCAAGUGGAUUUAACAGGUGACAUUAAUACGGGAUCAUAACUUUCAGCUAGAUUCACCUGGUCAGUCUGUCAUGUAAAACUCAGUGUAUUGUACAGUAUAUGUUGCAUGUGAGCAUUAACCCAAGCAUGAUUUCAAGUGAUGAUCCUUCAGUAUUGAAUGAAGAAUUAUAUGAGGGGGUUUUUGAGAACAACAUUGAGUGCCUUUUUAUAUUAAUGCAUUUCAAAAAGAGCUUACUGGUAGAUACAAAUUCAAACCUGCACUAAUGUGGCUUCCACAUUUUGUGUUAAAUGAGUGUCUCAGAUAAUUUCAUAGUUUGGUUAUAUAGGUACAGUAUCUGCAAAUUCUCUUUUUCAACAAAAUCAUCAACAUAAUCCCAUGAAGGUAUUAAAAAAUAUAAUCUUUAUAGUAUACUAUCUAUAAUAAGUUCUUCAUAAUUGCAGUAAGAUUAGUGCUCAUGUUGCCCACUAGGUGGAACUGAAGUUCCUUAAAUAUUGUUUUCCAUACUGGAAAACUACACAGGAGACUGCAUGCAGUACACUACAAAAAUGUUAUAAGGAUAUUUUCUAAUCAACGGACAGGUUGCUCAGAGCUUUACCCUGUGCUCUGAGAAACUUGAACUGCAAGAGUGAACGUGAUGUGACCAAUAAACCCUGUCCUCUGGAUGUUGUUGAUUGUACAGUAUGCUGUUGAUCCUUAUUGACACCAAAGGUCUCUUUUAUUUUGGGAAGUUCACCAGAGGGAGAAAUCUUAUCUAUUUUCUGGGAUUAUGAUAGCAUUUCCAUCAGAUUACUACUGUAAGGCGACCCCACGGUCAUCACAGCACAAUCAGAGAUUAGACUGAGGAGGCACUGGGGAUGGAUGGGGACAAAAAGGGCACUGCAACUUUUUGUUUUUCACUGUAGCCUAUCCAUGGGUCUAUUUAUCGUGUACAGAAUCAAACCUGCACUUGUUUGAUAUUCAUUGAUCAUGUUAUUUCAAACAGAACCUGAAUGUUUCUGAUGAACCAUGGGACUACACUGCCAAAGAUGUAAUAUUUCGUUUUUAGGUACCAGUUGUGUAAAAGUAGGUAACCUUGAUGUAAAGUCUUUUGGCAUUAGUCAAAUUAAACCACCUUUUGAAUUGAUAGUUUCAGUUAAACCUAUGCCUUAAAUAUGACAAUUGUCUGGCCGUUGAGUGGUAUGACCUCUGUGGAAAUGUUGAUUCAGUUCCACCUAGUGGGCAACAUGACAGAAUGCCAAGCACAUGACUUGAGUGCUUGGUUAACCCUAAUUCAAGUUUUAAAGGGUGGUUGCUUUUCAGGUGUAUGGGGUGACACUAGGCAGGUUUCCAUAGACCCCUUUCUGUGUUUACAAACAUUGCCGCACAAGGGUGACGCGCGCAAGUUGGUGGCAGAACAAGUUCGUUUAGAAUGCCAGCAAAAAAAGACUGCAUGUUGCUUAUGAGUGCAUUUCACACUACUUUUGGAUUAUAAUUGGAUUUUAAGUCCCGUAUGAAUGUCCUGCUUAAUAUACUGUAUAAUAUGGCAAAUCAACUGCAUUAUUCUUAAAAAAGACUUCAAAUAGUAAAAUGGCUCUUUGGCUAGCUUUUGCUACAGCCUAUGUCAACGAGCGUUAUAGCAUUCUAGCUAACAACUGCUGCAUCCAAAAUAGUUAUUUUGCAAAGAUCACAACCAAAUAUAAUCUUAAGAGACUGUUAAAGCAAGAAUCAAAACAUAAUUGUAAGCAUGUGAGAAUCCUAAAAAGUCAUUUUGUUUAGAAGUAAUAGCCUAGAUUUAUGUUGAAUGGGUGCAGAUGGCAUUCUUUACUGCCGUGCUUGACGUCAGUGUGUUGUAUACUGGAAAGGGAUCUAAUGACCCAGGUUUAUUCGACAAAAGCAAUGUUGUGUAACCGAUGUGAAAUGGCUAGCGAGUUAGCGGUGGUGCGCGCUCAUAGCGUUUCAAUAGGUGACGUCACUUGCUCUGAGACCUUGAAGUAGUGGUUCCCCUUGCUCUGCGAGGGCCGCGACUUUUGUGGAGCGAUGGUUAACGAUGCUUCGUGGGUGUCAGUUAUUGAUCUUUGUAGAGGGUCCCUGGUUCGAGCCCGGGUCAGGGCAAGGGGAUGGACUAAAGUUAUAGUUGCAACAACAACAAAAUAAUUGCGACGUGUAAUGGAAAUGGCAGAUGAAGAACUGUUCUAAAGAUUGAAUACAUUGAUCGGUUCGGCAGUGGUGGAUUUUUCUUUUGUCUAACUUUAUUGCGACAAAUGAUCAUGGAAAGUGUUUUUCAAAUAAAUUAUUAUUGACGAAUAAUUUUGAAGGUAGGUCUACACAGGGCACGUGAUGUUAUCCCGUAACUAUAACACUUCACAUUUUGAUUCUAAAUGCCUACUGCUUGCAAAAUCCAUUUGUUCAACUAUAAAAUAAUGUUUAUUUGCUGGAAAAGGUUUGUCUUGACUUUCAAGAAUAGCUGAAUUACUUCACAUUGCAAUUUUAAGUUUCACCAUCAAAUUGUUUUCUAAAUCUAGGUGAGUAUAAGUUACUGUGGCAAUAAGUAGGCACGUGAGAAAUAUUAGAAUAUGGCAAAUAUUAGAAAAUUCUUGCAUUCUAUCCAUGCAGGUUUUUGCGGGCUACCUGAGACAUGAAACAGAUAGGUGGGAGGGCAUACAUGCUGUCACCACUUUAUUAAUGAGCAAAUUCCCUAGUAGGAUCAUGGAAACAUUUCAAGCACAUUUUUAUUCCACAUUCUAGGUUUUUUGCGAAAACCUUUUUUCUAAGGUGUGAUGUCAUUACGCCCAACUGUUUUCAUCAAAACGCACUAUGACAGGCAAUUGUUGCAUUUAAUUUCUAUGUGAAAGUUCUAAAUGUAGAGAACAAAAAAAAUGUUUAUGGAAAAAAAUAUAUUGACAAACUAAACUGGAAAAUGUAAAGAACAUAAAGGUCCAAUAUACAGAUUUUUAUUUUUUUUAUCUCAAUAUUCAUUAUUUUCAACUGUCUGAAGCUGCUAUAUAAAACCGCAAGUAAAAGACGCAAAAACUAAACUUACGAAGAAGCCUAGAAAAACCGCACAUAGAUCUACUGCUUCUUAGAAUUGUUUUCAAUGAGAAUGACAGAUCUAUAACACACAUUUCUGUGAAAUUGGUCAAGUCACCCAAAAAGUUACAUAUUGCAGCUUUAAAAUGGUCUAAAAGUAACAAAAAUAGCUUCUUAGCAAUUUCUCAAGCAAGAAUUUUGCUUUGACUGAGUAAGUGAGUGGUCUGAGUGGGGAGGGUAAAACUGAAAGCUAGCUGUUAUUGGCAAAGCGGUUUGGAACUCUCUUUCUUAUUUGUCUGUUAACUAAUUCACCAGGAAGGCCAAAACUCCAUCCCACCAAAACAGGCUGAAAUUUCAGGCGGUCUCUUCAAACAGCUCUUACACUAAAAUGCCAUUAUGAAAGUAUUCACAAUUUCACAGUAUUAUUCCUACCUGACUGCACUGGGCCUUUUAAAUUGACAUUCCCUUCUCAUAGCCUUUUCAUUGCCACCAAAGCAUCUGAGAAUGAAAUCCAUCCCAUGCUGUAAGAUUUUAAUUGCCAACAAAGCAUUAUUAAUAUUCCCAUAAAACACAGUAGUGUGUUGUAUGUUUUAGAUUGUAAGAUUUUAAGUGGGUCUAUCUAGAGUACUGUAGAUCUAACCCAUUUGGCUCACUAGAUGAUGGAUAUAGAGAUUUGUCUGGUCUGUGCUGGUCUUGGUGCUCUAUGUUCCAACCGGAGACUGAGACAGGGCUCCAUGCAGCUGCCUGCCUCCUCUGUUAUUUCCUUCUGGCCUCACUGGCAGACGGGGCAUGUUUACUUUGGCUGCUCCUAUCACAGACUCCAGUUGGCACAGCCUAUGAGUCCUUAGGACAUUCUGCCUCUCGUCACUACUCCUCUCCCUGGCUGGCUUCCCUCAGCCUUCAACUGGUCACAAGGUUUAUGCAUUGUGUCACAGGCUGACAUUGGGAAAAGAGUUCCCAAACAAUUAGAGUGGGGCCAGAUAAUCGAGGCUAGACGACUAUAGACACACGUAAGUAUGAAAAGAGCAUUUUGCUUGGAUAAAGCUGAACUGUAGAUUGGAUCCACUGUAGUAUGUGUAAGGUUAGUUAUGUGAGGGCUGUUAGGCAGAAGCUCAUCCUACGCUCUCUGUUGAACUUACAGUACUGCUGGAACACAGUGUUUGGCAGAGUAGAAGUUCUGUGUCGUCACUCAGUGUAAGUGCACACUGACCUUGACACCAUGGUUCUGCUCAGCUGCAGGGGUUCUUUCAGGUCAUAUGUUGUCACACACACAUGUAUACACAAACUUACAAAAACACAUUCCUGUUGACUGUCAAUACACUAUAUUUCACCCUCUCAGAGCACACAGUCAUUGCAGACAGUCUCUGAUGUGAAUUGCAGCGGGAUAGUCUAUCUAUCUAUAACCUAUUCCUCUACAAACCUGUUAUGGCCUUUUCGUUCUUAAUUGCUUCAGUCUCAUAAGACACACAAAGGUUUUUAAAAAUAACUGUCCUCAAGCUCUGGAACCUCCUGCAAACCUCCACAAUGUUUCUCCUUUCUGUCUCCCUCAUUCUCCCUAAUGAAAAAUCUACAGUGUACUCGUCUCAGAGCUUGCACAGAAUAGAACUCUCACUCAGUUCAGCUUCAGAUGGCUCAUCCUGGCUCUCUAGCUUGCUUGCUUUCUCUCAAAGAAAAACUAAACUAAACCAAAUAAUAGAUAUCAGAUGCACACAAACACCUUCACAUAUUAAUCAUCACCUCAAACUCCAGCUAUCUAAAAUGUCAACUCUAGUAGAGCUGUAGUGUACAGGCGAACCGUCUUCUCAAUGACAAUGCAUCUCAGAUGGGCUGAGAGUUUCUCCAUAUUCCCUUCCCUCUGUAGCCAUUAGUUUCACCGGCAUAAAUCCCACCUUAAUUUCCUUGUGGGAUAAUUGGUGUAAUUUGUAGGCGAAUGAUAGAUAGCAUAACGAACCAUUCCAUGGUAGUCCCCCACCGUGCUUGGUUGAGCCUCAUGGCAUUGUUCAUUACAGACUGUGUUUCCUAGUUACUGCUCCCCCAGAGAGUGACUCUGUCUGUCCUUAUCUACUGUAGUUAGAGACUCUCACAGCAAAGCUUAACCCACAGAGCUCUCCUCCCUUUCUUGUCAUUUAGAUCAAGUAUGCACAGGGGUCUAUUCAGAAGGGUGCAACAACACAAACUGUUCAGAAGGAAAUACACUGAGUAUACCAAACAUUAGGAACACCUUAGCACGGACUCUACAAGGUGUCGAAAGUGUUCCACAGGGAUGUUGACUCCAAUGCUUCCCACAGUUGUGUCAAGUUGGCUGGAUGUCCUUUGGGUGGUGGACCAUUUAUUUAUACACACAAAACUGGUGAGCGUGAAAACCCCAGCAGUGUUGUAAUUCUUGACACAAACUGGUGUGCCUGGCACCUACCAUACCCCGUUCAAAGGCACUUCAAUCUUUUGUCUUGCCCAUUCACCCUCUGAAUGGUACACACACAAUCCAUGACUCAAUUGACUCGAGGCUUAAAAAUCAUUAUUUAACCUGUCUCCUCUCCUUUAUCUACACUGAUUGAAGUGGAUUUAACAAGUGACAUCAAUAAAGGGAGCAUAGCUUUCACCUGGGCAGUCUGUCAUGGAAAGAACAGUUGUUCUUAAUGUUUUUGUAUACUCAGUAUAUUUUAAAGAACAAAUAGGUUUUUCUGUAAAGUAGCAUAGGGAAUUGUUUUCUCUAUUCAUUACAUAGUUCUAUCUUCAACAUUCAUAAUGUUUCACCUCAUUAGACCCCAGAUCUUCAUCAGAGUUUUCCCCUCUGCAGUCUUUUUGAAAUGUCAACCCCCUUUUCCUGUUGGAUUCAUUCAUUGUGCAAGAUAGUCAGUUGGAAUUUUUCACAUUGUGAACUCCAUUUCAAUGUUACAGACAAACAGGUCCAUUAACAAUAAUCUCCUAAGGAUAAUUCAUAGUCUUCAGCCAUAUCAUAUUGAUUUGGAUAAGACUCCUGACCACUAAUUACAAAAUGACUGGGAAAGCCUGUCUGAUGAGUAAUUGCAUUUUAAGUGUGGGAUCCAGGCACAUUGAAUUACACUGCACAGAGGGGGAUCUUCAGUUUAGGCUCUGCUGGCAUAUCUAUGCUGGAAACAUUUAGAUGCCAAUUAGGCCUCUCUAGGAUGGGGAACCUGGCGCUAGGUUAGGGGGUGGGAGGGGGCUGCCUGGUAGAUAGGGUCUGUGUCAGGCCCCCUCAACUAGAUUCACUCUGUCACUUGUUAAGGCCCAGUAGGACUGGUCCAAAACUGUAACUCAUCCACCAUGGGUUCUGCUGAAGUGGAGCUGUACCAAGUCAUACAUUUUAAUUUCAUACUCAUGGUUAUACUAUAUUUCCAUUGGUUCUGUAUUUCCAUCCUUCACACUCCUAGACCCUGUGUGUGUGUGUGUGUGUGUGUGUGUGUUGGCUGCAGUACAGAUCUCUCUUGUACUGGCAGGCAGUGAGUGCUGGGCGCAUGCUCUGGCUAGCUCAGAGGAGCUGCUAAUGUAGUUAUAUAACAGGCAGUGCAGCUGGCGUCUGCUGUGAGCCGAGUGCAAGGCCAGCCUGGUUACGUAAGCCUGUCAGAGUCAUAUUGUAGCAGCACGGAGAGCUGCACCAGCUCCUCCCACUGUCUCUUGCUCUGUCUAUCGCUCCCUCCUACUCUGUUUCUCUUCCACCCUGUUGCCCCCCCUCUAUUUUUUUCUCUCCCUUCCUCUCUCUGUCCUUCCCUCCCAUCUCUUUCUGUUGAGGUUCUGGAGUCAACUGAGGGAACGAAGGCUGAACACGCUAGAUGAUGCAGAUGCAUAGACUUAACAUGGCUCAGGGUGGUAUAGUGCACAGAGGUAUUUUGUAUAUAAACAUGACUGCACACUAUUGUGAGAGAAAAAACAAGCAAGCAUCCCCUCACCCCCAUGGCUUGUCUGCAUCGCCAUGACACCAUUUGACAUGAAGUAACAGGGGCAAGCGUGCCGUGACUCACCACCUAAGAGCUCUGAUGUCCACUGACCUUUAAACGUCUGGUUGGCCCCCUGAGUGAUUGCAUGCUCCCCAGUACCUUUACUGACUAGUACCUUUACUGACACAGCACUGCCAUCCCACACCAGCACCGCAACACUGCAUCAGAGCCACAACAAUUAAUGGGUGGCAUGGGUCACACUUCCACAAAAGAAGAGAGGAGAGUUUUACUUCCAAAGAAGAAUGGCCCAAAGAACAGUGGGAAAUGUACACUGCAGUUUGACUAUGGAAGCAGGAGAGGACUGGCCAUUAAACAUUCUGGGCAAGUGCCAGAUGGGCUGGUCCAUUUUUAGCACAGUGGGCCUGUCUAACUUUGAUUUUUUUUGUUGCUCAAAAUUAUAAUUAUAUGGCUUAUACUGGUGGUCUCAAAUUAAAAGAAAUUGGCAGAUUUAGAAAUGCCAGGGCCUGUUUCUUGUCCCAGUCUGCCCCUUUCUGGAAGAGAACAUAAAUCAAACUGUUUCAUGAUUUACUAGACCUGACGAGUUUGCUGCUAUUUAACAGUUUUAAUAAAGUGUCAUUAAUCCUGCCCCACAGUUUACUAUGGUGGAAAAAAAAUAUGCCUUAAUGUAUUCCUCUGUAUGUUUUCAACCACUGAGUAUAACUGCGCAAAAGCAACACAGGAACAGAGGUUUGUGAAAAUAGUCAUUAAGCUUAACUCUACGUUGUAGCGACCUUAGUAGGCGCAACGGUCUAAGGCACUGCAUCUCAGUGCUAGAGGCGUCACUACAGCUACCCUGGUUCGAAUCCAGGCUGUAUCACAACCGGCCGUGAUUGGAAGUCCCAUAGUGCAGCGCACAAUUGACCGAGCGUCGUCCGGUAAUUAAAAAAAAAAAGUAAUUUAAUCUCUAGGCGUAACUGCUAAGGUUCAGGUUGGCAGUCGCUGGAUCAGGGUUCCUGUCCUGGUCGGGGCUAACCUCUGAAUUUGCUAAAAUAAAAUAUAUCUUUACUGUGUAGUCUACAGGUAAUGUACAUUCUUUACCUUGCUCUGAACCUCCCUUCACUCUCACUCUAGGGAAGGGGUUAAUUGAAUCGAGACACAUAUGUAUGUAUCUGUGGCUUACCCCUGUAAUAGUCCCUUUGUGGGUAAUGCAUUAUGUUGCCAUUGAUGAUCGGUUAAGUGAUUUAAACUUGCAAAGAGGCCACAGGCCUAGAGUUAGCUUUAAUCAAAGUUGGCUGCCGCCAGCAACCCAUCAACUCCCCAGGUACAAUCAACUAGUAGGCUAUUGUAACUAGAAUGUGAGUGAUGGGGGUGAGGGAGGUCAUAAUUCUUGAACACUGGGGGAUCCUCUGUUCUAAUUGAUGCUUUGGAUCUUGAUGUAAUUUGUGGUGGGUAUAGAGCUUGCCAGCUUGUAGUACUAAAAAACCGAAAUGAGUUACCUCUGGUUCGUUCAGCCAUUCCUAUGGGGGAAACGAAUGGGGUUUUGGGAUAAAUGCUGAAAAUAAGGUCUGAGGUUUACUAAGGCUUAGGACCUUAUACGUUUUGUUCUAUGAGAUAAUAUUGGUAAAUUAACAUGACCUUUAUGAAGCCUUUAUGUGCUUGUUUUGAUUACAUAAUGUCAAGAAAACGAUACGUUUUUAUGAUUCUGAUGGCCAGAUGGCUAGCAACAAUGACAAGAAACUGUUGUGGUGAAUUUUAAGUGGCUCGUUUCAGCUCGUUUGAUCUUGAUAUCAUGUCGUGUAUUGAGGUGUUUUAACUGUCACAUCUAUGCUAAUAUGGCUAACUAACCAAUAACUGUAACAAUAUAUUUGCGAGACAAGUGUUCAUUGUGCAACUUUAUUUAUGUUUUCCAUAUAGUUUACAUGUUAUUAACAAUCUAAGCCAAGCCGGUCUGUUUUGCAGCAUCGGUUUUGUAACUAAACAACCAACCCAUCUAUAAGCUAUGCUUCAGAGAGGGCUCCUUGUUGCUUGAACAUGGGUCCAUUUGCAGGAAGUGUCAUCCAUCAAGGUGUAUGGCUGGUGCUUUCGUUUCCACAUUUAUCCCAAUUUGUGUGACUUGCUUCAGCUCUUUGAAAGUAUUUGUACGCUUUGAUAGUAGUGGAAAAAGUUUUUAAAGUUUUAAUUAAGCGAAGCGGUGAAAUAUAGUCAAAGUUCAGUAUAUUAAAAUAUCUGGGCUGAUUACUUUGAUAGACUAUAUCAACUGUGUUGAACGCUGAGCUGUCAAUGAAUUGCAUUCCCAGGUGGGAAAGGGCAGUGUGGAAUGCAAUCGAGAUUGCAUCAUCUGUGGAUCUGUUUGGGCGGUAUGCAAAUUAGAUUGGGUCUAGGGUUUCUGGGAUAAUGGUAUUGAUGUGAGCCAUUACCAGCCUUUCAAAGCACAUCAUGGCUAUGGACGUGAGUGCUACGGGUCUGUAGUCAUUUAGGCAGGUUGCCUUAGUCUUCUUGGGCACAGGGACUAUGGUGGUCUGCUUGAAACAUGUUGGUAUUACAGACUCAAUCAGGGACAUAUUGAAAAUGUCGGUGAAGACACAUGCCUCAGUGUUGCUUGCCGCGAAGCAACGUAAAACGUUCUGUGUAAGUGUAACGGAUGUGAAACGGCUAGCUUAGUUAGCGGUGGUGCGCGCUAAAUAGCGUUUCAAUUGGUGACGUCACUUGCUCUGAGACCUUGAAGUAGUGGUUCCCCUUGCAGAGGCUUUUGUGGAGCGAUGGGUAACGAUGCUUCGUGGGUGACUGUUGUUGAUGUGUGCAGAAGGUCCCUGGUUCGCGCCCGGGUAUGGGCAAGGGGACAGUCUAAAGUUAUACUGUUACAUUGGUGCCGUGACCCGGAUCACUGGUUGCUGCGGAAAAGGAGGUCAAAAGGGGGGUGAGUGAAACGGCUAGCUUAGUUAGCGGUGGUGCGCGCUAAAUAGCGUUUCAAUCGGUGACGUCACUUGCUCUGAGACCUUGAAGUAGUGCUUCCCCUUGCUCUGCAAGGGCCGUGGCUUUUGUGGAGUGAUGGGUAACGAUGCUUCGUGGUUGACUGUUGUUGAUGUGUGCAGAGGGUCCCUGGUUCGCGCCCGGGUAUGGGCGAGGGGACUGUCUAAAGUUAUACUGUUACAUAAGUUUCAUUUUAGUUGAAUGAUGAUAUAAUUAUUAGAACGUUUAGGCUAUUAUUUGGGGAGAGAAAUAUGAUGGUGCAUCUAGUGAUGACAGCUCUUGAGAUUAUUUUUGUGGUAGUUGAACUAUGUAGAGUAGGUUCAUAUGUAGAGCUACAGCUAGCUAUCAGUAGGUCUAUCUAAUAAAUAAGCUCUUUAGGCUAACGGUGAUCACUGAAAAGUACAUUUUCUGAAGGAAAGUAUGUUUUAAAGUAUGGUUUUGAAAUAACUUAUAGUCGUGAUAGUGUCUGCAGUAGUAAUGGUGGUGAAUGGUUAUAGUUGAAAAAGCAGGUUGAUUGAUUGGAUGGCUGAUAUGAUCGGAUAGCCUUAACAUGUGAAAGUUAGUUUGGUGUUUAAAACUUGAAAGGUUCAAGAGUUACAAUUAUUGUUGUUGGGUGUUAUAUAUUAAUCUAUGCACACUUAUGUAGUUAUAAUUUCUAGUGCAAACAAGAGCUAGUGCAAACCAAAGCUAGCUAGCUACACCUAAGACCAGAGCUAGUGCAGACCACAGCAGUAGUUGUGUGGUCAGUAAUUGUGGUCAGUAGUUGUGUUGUUGGGAUCAUAAGUUGUGUGGUUCAGUAGAAUUGUGGUCAGUAGUUGUGUGAUUGUGGUCAACAGUUGUGGUUUGUAGUUGUGUGGCCAGUACUCGUCAGUAGUUUUGGUAAGUAGUUGUGUGGUUGUGGUCAGUAGCUGGGGUCAAAAAUUGUGUUCAGUAGUGGUUAGUAGUUGUGGUCAGUAGUUUUGUAGUGGUCAGUAGUUUUGUAGUUGUGGUCAGUAGUUUUGUCGUUGUGGUCAUUUAAUUGUGUGGUUCAGUAGUUGUGUGGUCAGAAGUUGUGUAGUUGUGGACAGUAGUUUUUGUCUUACGUGUUGGGGAAGUGGUCAAAACAGCAGUUAUUUCAACAACACAAAAGCAGUUGAUACGCUUACUAAACUAUCUGUAACAUAAUAAUAAUAAUAAUAAUAAUAAUAAUGUAUAGUGCAAACAAGAGCUAGACCAGAGCUAGUGCAAACCUGAGCUACCUAGCUAUGCCCAGGACUAGUGCUGGACCAGAGCAGCAGUUGUGGUCAGUAGUUGUGUGGUUUAGUAGUUGUGGUCAGUAGUUGUGUGGUUAUGGUCAGUCGUUCUGUUCAGUAGUGGUCACUAGUGGUGUGGUUGUGGUCAGUAGUUUUGGUAAGUAAGAACAUGCUGGCAAACGUUUGUGCUAUGAAAAUAAAUAAAUACUCCGCUCUGACACUCAACUUCUUUGCUAGAUUCAUGAUAGUAUUGUUAGACAAAGCAAGGAAAGUUAAUUUCAAAACGUGAUGUUGUUCUAUUGGAAUUUGCAGUUAUUUUUGGUAAUGAAUCUGCAUCUGAAAGCUGUUGAUGGGUUACUAAAACAGCUUUAUUUCUUGACUGGUGGAAGCUCUUCCGGAUCAGUUUUGAAAAGCAGAUAAGUAGAGGAAGAUUUCAUAUGCUCUACUUUUUGUCUUACUUGUUGGGAGAGUGGUCAAAAUGGAAAUUGUUUCAAAAAGUUAGGGAAAAAAGCAGUUCAUGCAGUUACUAAACUAGUUGUACCGUUUGAUUGGAAUAAGAUAUUUUUGUUCAGAUUUGAAUAGCAGAGAAGUAUAUGAAGAUUGCAUACCCUUUAACUUUUUGGGAAAUGUAUCAAUAUUUAUGUUAAUAAAAAGUUAGAGGAAAUGUUGUUGAUGUAGCUAGCAAAACAGCUGUAUCGUUUUAUCAGUAGAAUACAUUUUUGUUCUGACUUCAGUUUAGAGGAAGAUUUCAUUCACCCUCACUUUUUGUCUAAAUACACUGACCAAAAAUGCAACAUGUAAAAUGUUGGUCCCAUGUUUCAUGAGCUGAAAUAAGAUACCCACAAAAAGCUUAUUUCUCUCAAAUGUUGUGCACAAAUUUGUUUACAUCCCUGUUGGUGAGCAUUUCUCCUUUGACAAGACAAUCCGUCCACCUGACAGGUGUGGUAUAUCAAGAAGCUGAUUAAACGGCAUGAUCAUUACACAAGUGCACCUUAAUGAAAUGUCUCUACAAUGUGCAGUUUUGUCAUACAACACAAUGCCACAGAUAUCUCAAGUUUUGAGGGAGUGUGCAAUUAGCAUUCUGACUGCAGGAAUGUCCACCAGAAAUGUUGCCAGAGAAUUACGUUUUCAUUCUUCCAGCAUAAGCCACCUCCAACAUUGUUUUAGAGAAUUUGGCAGUAUGUUCAAACAGCCUCACAACCGCAGAUCAAGUGUAUGACGUGUGGGCGAGAGGUUUUCUGAUGUCAACGUUGUAAACAGAUUGCCCCAUGGUGGUGGGGUUAUGGUAUGGGCAGGCAUAAGCUAUGGACAAUGAACACAAUUGCAUUUUUUCAAUGUCAAUUUGAAUACACAGAGAUACUGUGACGAGAUCCCGAGGCCCAUUGUUGUGCCAUUCAUCUGCCGCCAUCACCUCAUGUUUCAGCAUGAUGAUACACAGCCCCAUGUCACAAGGAUCUGUACACAAUUCCUGGAAGCUGAAAAUGUCCCAGUUCUUCCAUGGCCUGCAUACUCACCAGGCAUGUCAUCAAUUGAGCAUGUUUGGGAUGCUCUGGAUCAACGUGUAUGACAGUUCCAGUUAAUGGUCAAGGUAGCUAAUUUGUUUCUAAAGUCACAAUGUUUACUCAUUGUCUCAUGCUUAGGAUCUGCUCCCCCAUUGUUAUAAUUUUAUAUAAUGGCAAUUCAUUCAACAACUAUGAAAAGAUGCUAAAUCUAGCAACAAAAUUGCUAAAUUGGCAUCACUGCGUUCAUCGAGCAGCGCAGCCUUCUACUGCAAGGGGGCGUUAUAUUUCCACUCUGUUAAAAUCUGAAAUUUGAAAUGCAUGACGUAACAGAGUGUUUAUUGGUAAUGUAAUCAAGGCUUGAUAUACUCUGCGGAUGUUGUAGAGCAUGAACCUACAAGAACGGGCCACCGCCUUGAUGUUAGUUGAGAACGACAGGGUGUUGUCCAGGAUCACGCCAAGGUUCUUAGCGCUCUGGGAGGAGGACACAAUGGAGUUGUCAACCGUGAUGGCGAGAUCAUGGAAUGGGCAGUCCUUCCCCGGGAGGAAGAGCAGCUCCGUCUUGCCGAGGUUCAUAGGUCUUGCCUAUGCGCACAUGAUAGACCGUAGCUGUUCGGAGCACGUCUCCGGAGACGAAAGAGCAUGUAUUAAUCCUGCUGAAGAAAUCCGACUGGGGGAUAGAAGGACAAUGGAUUAGCGCACAUUCAACAAAUCUGAUCUAACAAAGUGGAUAUUUGUCAAAUCCUUAAUGAUUGAUGUAUUGUAACAGACCCACAAUGCGGUUACUAAAAUCCAUCUAGGAUAAAUUGGGCUGUUUGUGCUGCAUAACAUUUCGAUUUGGCAGGGGCGGUUAGAGCUUUGGGCUAGUAACUGGCAAGUUGCUGGAUCGAAUCCCUGAGCUGACAAGAUAAAACAAAUCUGUUGUUCUGCCCCUGAACAAGGCAGUUAACCCACUGUUCCCCGGUUGGCCGUCAUUGUAAAUAAGAAUUUGUUCUUACCUGACUUGCCUAAUUAAAUAAAGGUUAAAUGUAAAAAAAUAUAUAUAUCUUUAUUUAAAUCUAAAGAAUAAAAAAAAUGUAAGCUGGUAGCACAGAAAUCGGUGGUGGUAGUUAAAGUAGUAGUUUUUAAUUGUAAUGUAGUUGAUUAAUGACAUGACGAACAAGCAUUAUUAUCCAAUUUUAGUGAAAUACACAAACAAUAGGCUAAGAAUAGGCUAACAUUUAGGCUAAUUUCGCUGAGGGAGGGGGGGGUUGAAAUUGAGAUGUUUGAGUUUAUUUUUUAUUUUUACAGGGACACAGUGCACAAAUUAAUCAACGCUUCAGUAAAAGUGCCGGUUUUAGCCAGCCAGCUCAUUUUCAACCGCAGAUCCUGGGCAGGUUAUUAAAAACAAUUACAAUAUAGACAGACAUCAGAUUGACCAUGGAGAAUCCUGUUGUGUUCGUUUCAUGUUAAUUAAUUCUGUGUUCCCGGUCCAAAAUGACCACCCCAUUAUAGCUGAUUUAUAAAUCAAUAAUAAUACAUAUAUUAUCACCUAAUGCUGUCUUUGAUCUUUUAUCAACUUAAGUUUUGAAAUUCUAUUUGCUAUUUAUGGCCUGUAGGCCUCCUUGACCUGAGCUCAUACAAUUCAUUUUUGAAAAGAAAAAAAGCAUAAUGUAUGGCUAUUUCGACUAUAACUGUUAAGGGAUUUUUUUUCUCAAUAAUGACUUAUGUACACAUUUCAAUCAGGACUGAUUAAUCAGAAUACUAUUAUGUUACUGUAUAGACGUAUGAAUUUUAUUUGAAUCCUAGUACUGAAUAUAAUGUGUAGUAAUAUGUAAUUAUAAUCAAGAAUUAGAACAAUGACUGUCUGUUCCUUGGUAGAAACGAAUGAACUUAUCGUUAAGACUGGCUAGAAUGUUUAUCUACACAGGAAGAACUUGGCUUGGUCAUAAAUUAUCUAUACUGGUGGGGGUCAAUGUAGGAAGGCUUGAGAACUAUACUGCCAUUGUACCGGAAUGGAGGAGAGACGGGACAGUUCGAAACCUAAUGACAUCAUUUUCAGUUUAUAACCUGUUGUAAAUUGAAUCAUGUUCAGUACUCUCGAGAAUAAACGCUAGUGCUUGAUUUUGA